AUGCAGUUCCUGACUCUCGCCGCCACCGCUCUCCUGGCCCACACCGGCCUCGCUGCCCCCGAGGCCCGCAGCCCUACCGUGGCCGUCCAGUUCCAGGGCGCCGCCGACGCCGUCUACACCCAGUGGGUCGUUGCCGACGGUGUCGACCGCGCCGUCUACGCCGACUUCAGCGUCUCCCACAUUGCCGUGCUGGACCCGGCUCCCGCCAGCCUCAACUGCCACGCCCACGGCAUCGACGGCAGCGACACCUACACCUACGGCCCCGGCACCGUCGACGUUGGUCCUCCCCAGGUCCAGACCACCAUCAGCUGCACCCUUGGUCCCCGCUAA